UCCUCCGGCGCGAUCCCGUCGUUCAUUUCGCUAUUGUCCCUUUCCCAUAGUCAAUUGAGCGUCUGGACCGGCCUCGACUGCAACGUGUGCCCUCACGCGACUGCCCGGCCCGGCGCGCCAUAAUGUUAAUACUGCGGCCUGUCUUGAGGAGCGUCAUCGCGCGGACCCAGAUCGCCAGCAAGCAAUCGCCCUUCCUGUUCCGGAUCCAGCAGGCCGGUCCUGCAGCCUUACAGCGCCCGCUCCCUCGAUGUCUCAGCGGCCAGUCUGGGCCGCCGACACCCGGCAACGACACCCCCAACCCUGUCGAUGAUGCCACCGAGAACCAGGAGGAAGAGGAUGAAAGAGAGGCCAAGAAAGAGAAAUGGAAAGGUACGGCCUUUAAGAUGUUCGAGUCCGCGGCAACCACCGGCGCGAGCAUCUUCAUCCUAGCUUGUGUUGGCAUCACUUACACCAAGUACUACAAGUGGAAUGUCCUCGAAAAGAUGGAGAACGCGUUCAGGGAAGGCGAUCCGGUGCUCGAGCUCGCUGCGACUGGUAAGGAGAUUCCCAGAGACCCUUCAAACAAGGAGAUUGAAACGGGCGAUGAUUAUUACGACCGAUGGAUACCACGUGACGAGCAGGACAAGAUCAAUAAGAUCAUCAGCGGUGAGAUCAAAGGCCGCUACCACUUACUCCUCGGCGAGAAAGGCACUGGAAAGAGCUCCAUGCUCAUCGAUGCCAUGUCCAGGACCAACGGCGAAGGAUGCUCGAUGAUGGAAGCACACGCCGACCUGGAAGUCUUCCGGGUGAGGCUCGGACGCUGCCUCGAUUUUGAAUACCACGAAGACAACAUUGGCUCCCUGUUCUCCAUCCGAGGCCCUCGCGAUGCUGGCGCCAUCCUUGACAUCGAACGCGCCUUCAACAAGUUCGAAAAGGUUGCCCUCCGUCGACGCGCAAAGAAAGGCAGCCCGCUAAUCCUCAUUAUCAACCAAGCCCACCUGAUACGCGACGAUGAAGACGGCCGUGAUCUCCUCGAACUCAUCCAGCAACGUGCUGAACAAUGGGCUGCAUCCAACCUCGCAACUGUCAUCAUCAACUCGGACAAGUACUGGGUCUUCGAGCGCCUAAAGCAGUAUGCCACGCGUAUGGAAGUGCACCAGAUCAAGGACCUUACCAAAGACCGCGCGAUGCAAGCUCUCCGCAACUACCGCAUGAAGUACUGGAACGAGAAGACAUCAAACAGCGUGCUUGAGGAAGUGUACGACAAGAUAGGAGGCCGUCUGACCUUCCUCAACCGCGUGGCCAAAUCCGACGACAUGCUCGCCAAAUGCGAUCAUAUCUGCGAGAUGGAAAAGAUCUGGUUCCUAAACAACUGCGCAAUCCUCGGUGAAGAGAUGGAUGACGACGUCAUGGACCAGCAGAAAUACGCCUCCACAGCCAUGGUCCUAGCAAACGCCCUCUACCACCGCUACCACGACAUGGAAACGACCUACGACCCGCAACGCGGCCACAUCCUGCCCGAAUUCCCGCUCCACCGCGCCCGCUUCAUCAUGACGCGCUCGGACUUCAUCCGCCAGCACCACGAGCUCAGCAUCUUCGCCAUCGACUCGCACGCCAUGGUGCGCGCCGACUCGGUCCCCAUGCAGCGCGCCUUCAACGAGAUCUGCAGCGAGCCCGGGUUUGAAAAGUUCCUCGAGGCCACGCUGGACCGCAUCUCUGACAUUGAGAGUCUCGGACGUACGAAGGAGCUUACGUUUAAGGAUUUGUGGGAGGGCGGGAAGUACAAGCUCACUACGAGAAAUAAGGCUGGAGAAGAGACGGGCAGUGUGGAGAUGGAGACGGUGGAGAAGCCGGAUGGGGGAGACGAGGACGGUGAAGAGGACUGAAGAGGAGGUGGGCUUGGUGGUCUCUUUGUGUUUUUGCGCUGGUGCUGGUUAGACGGUGGAUAUACCCGUCUCUUGUGCCCGGUUUUCCUUUCUCGUUUCUUUUCUUUCAUUUUCCUUGCUCAAUCACGCGUGUACAAACUUGAUCCAAAGGUGCUGGGUUCGCCGAAAAAUGAUUGUCCAGUCACUCAACAUCACACUCAGUUUGGAGUGAGUCCGGAGCUGACGCCGUGUGGUGUGGAGACGAAGAAUCGUGUUCACGCGGAUGAUGAGGGGUUGACGUGAGGGUGAGACGAGUGCUCUGUGGGUGCAUGGCAGUGUUAAGAUGGUCCAACCCACAUCUUUCAAUCUGGAAUCUGA